CGCGCCUCAGGCGUGUUCUCGCCCGCAGCCAACAUGGCGGGCGGAAGCCGCGCUGUGGCGGGAUUAAGGCUGCGCCCAAGAUGGCGGCGGUCACCAUGAGGCUGCCGCAGGUCCGCGGGCCCCUGGGGGCGAGCGCGCCCCGCGGCGCCGAGAAGCACCUGGUGGCACCGGGGGACACCAUCACCACGGACACGGGAUACAUGAGGGGCCACGGCACGUAUGUGGAGGACGACAAACUCAUCGCCUCGGUGGCCGGCGUGGUGGAGAGGGUGAACAAGCUGGUGUGUGUGAGGGCGCUGAAGGCCAGGUACAACGGCGAGGUCGGCGACAUCGUGGUCGGCAGGAUUACGGAGGUUCAGCAGAAGCGAUGGAAAGUGGAAACGAAUUCCAGGCUGGAUUCAGUCCUGUUGCUGUCGUCUAUAAAUUUACCUGGUGGGGAACUGAGAAGAAGGUCAGCAGAAGAUGAGCUUGCCAUGAGGGAUUACCUGCAGGAAGGAGACCUCAUCAGUGCAGAGGUCCAGUCUAUAUUUUCUGAUGGGGCUGUAUCACUGCACACCCGGAGUCUGAAAUACGGGAAGCUUGCCCAGGGUGUGCUGGUUCAGGUCUCUCCCUCCCUCGUGAAACGCCAGAAGACUCACUUCCAUGACCUGCCCUGUGGUGCCUCCGUGAUCCUUGGCAACAACGGCUUCAUCUGGAUCUACCCAACCCCGGAGCAGAAGGAGGAAGAGGCUGGGGGCUUCACCACCAACUUGGAGCCGGUUCCCUUGUCUGACCGGGAGGUGAUCUCACGGCUCCGAAACUGCAUCGUGGCUCUGGUUACUCACAAGAUGAUGCUCUUUGACACCAGCAUCCUGUAUUGCUAUGAAGCAUCCCUUCCUCAUCAGAUCAAGGACAUUCUCAAACCAGAGGUGAUGGAGGAGAUCAUUCUGGAAGCUCGACAGAGGUUGCUGGAUUUGGAGGGAUAGGGCACAUGGCCAGAAGCAGUCAUUUGAAAUCCCAGCAUGGCAGCUUUUGAUUCUCAGUAUUAUAUAUUCUUUUCAGUGUUCCAAUCCCCAACAUUCAUUCCACACUUCAGAAAUCACCAAAAUUCCUCAUUCCUAGGAUAUCUCCUGAGUCCUUUUAGUACAAUAGGACAAAGUAGUACUUAAGUCCAAUAGCCUUUUAGUGCAGCAGCCUGAAAAAUUGAUAUCUGACCUUUAUGAAGAUGCAGAUGCAACUGGGACAUGUCUCCUUGCACCUGUUGCUGUGUCUAAUGCCCCAUAAAUUUGUGCAGAAUGAGAGAGGAAGGGAUGUGUUUUGUGAUGUUUCUCUCUCCCCAAAAGAUGGUUUGAAUUUUAACUUACUGUAACACAGAUCUGUCCUGUGACAGAGCCCUUGUUUUUAAGGCUGUAGAUCCAGGCACCUGUGUUUAGAGAACAGGAGUAUCCACACCCUUGCUAACCACAAUUAGAGUCUGGCUGUUCAUGGCUUUUUCUCAGGGAUAUGAGAGGGGAUGUGACUGUUGCUGUCCAGAUGAGCCAGGAGCCAUGGACAAGCUGUGUCCUAGUUUGUGUACAUCCUGCUGGUCUCUUGUUUUUUAUGCCUGAUGUGGUGAGCUUCUCUUCUGAGGAGGCACCAGAAUUGUUUUGUAUUAAAUAUUUUACAUUUCAAUAAAUUUUUUUGAAACAAA